AUGGACGGAUUUAACCCCUAUAACGGCAAGCCUCCGUCUAACGGCUCUGGCUCCCAAGGCGAUGCUGGCUCCCAAGGUGCUGGCGGUGCCCCUGGUGUAUCCCAACAAGGCCUAUCCUUGGCCCAGACUAACGGUCAAGCUGGCGGUGACAUGACGCAGCCCUUCCCUGCCGAUUCUGCUCGUCAGACCCUUUGGAUGGGUGAACUAGCGGGGUGGAUGGAUGAGGGUUUCAUUCGCACGUUAUUCCAGUCGACACUCAACGAAAACGUCCAGGUUAAGAUCAUCCGAGAUCGUCACUCUGGGAGUGCCGGCUAUUGCUUCGUCGAAUUCGCCACCCCAGAGGCUGCCCAGAAGGCUCUGCAGCUGAACGGUACGCCCAUCCCCAACACCGACCGUGUUUUCCGUUUGAAUUGGGCUUCGGGCGGAGGUCUUAUUGAUCGUCGUGACGACCGAACUCCCGAGUUCUCGAUAUUUGUUGGAGAUCUGGGUCAUGAAGUCAAUCAGACUGGACAGUCGCGAGGCUAUGGGUUCGUCAGAUUUUCCGAUGAAAAAGAUCAGCAGCGUGCGCUGGUGGAGAUGCAGGGCGUUUAUUGUGGUAAUAGACCUAUGAGAGUUUCGCCCGCGACUCCUAAGAACCGCAAUCAUCAGGGAGGGCAGUACAACCCCUACGGCCACCAGAUGGUCCAACCCCCCCAAGUCCCGCAGCAUGCUGGCAAUAUGGGUGGCCAGUGGGUACAGCAGCAGCAACCGCCUAACUAUGGCUAUCAGCAACCCGGAACGUUUAACCCGUUAACGAUGAACCAAUUUACAGACCCGAAUAAUACAACUGUCUUCGUUGGAGGUCUUUCUGGCUAUGUGACAGAAGACGAGCUAAGAUCUUUUUUCCAGGGUUUUGGCGAGAUUACCUACGUUAAGAUCCCACCCGGUAAGGGCUGCGGUUUUGUUCAGUUUGUUCACCGUCACGCCGCCGCGGAGAUGGCAAUCAAUCAGAUGCAGGGCUACCCAAUUGGUAACUCGCGGGUUCGUCUGUCUUGGGGUCGUUCUCAGAACAAUUCUGGUGUAGGUACCCCGUAUCGUCCUGCCCCUCCCCCGCCUCAUUACUUCCCCCCUGGCCCUCCUGGUCCACCUGGUCCCGGUCCGUUUGCCGGUCCUAGCUUUGGUGGCAGUGGUCAUCAGGGCCCUCCCCCUGGCGGCUUAGGUCCUCAGGGUCCAUACAACAACGACGGCGGCGGUGCUUGGGCGGGUUGGGUCGGGGACAAUGGAGACAGCGGCUAUGGGAACGGGCCGGGAAGUUCAGGCAGUUCAGGCACAAUAGGAGGCGGCCUAAGUGUAUUUGCGGACUUCGACGUUGAUCAGGCGAUUCGAUACCGCACGGCUCACGGUAUUAUUGCCGCGUUAUGUUUUGUCGUGAUAUUUCCCAUCGGCGCCAUCCUCGUACGACUACUACCUAGUCGACACACUUGGAUAAUACACGCCGCAACUCAGAUUAUUGGGUUCAUUCUAUACAUUGCCGCUGCCGCGCUCGGGAUACAUCUUAUAGAGAUGGUGAGGAUUCCUCCUAGUGGUUCUAGUUUGUUACAAAUAUCAUCGAAAAACGCACACCCCAUCAUCGGUAUCGUCCUGCUCGUGGUAAUGUUCAUUCAGCCGCAACUCGGAUUCGCCCACCAUUCCAAGUUCAAGCGUCUGCGACGUCGAACCUUUUAUUCGCACGCGCACCUGUGGCUCGGCCGAAUUGCCAUCACCCUAGGUAUCAUCAACGGCGGGCUCGGACUAAAACUAGCAGAGGCGUCCCAGGGAUUAAUCAUCGCCUAUUCCAUCGUGUCAGCAUUCGCCUGGCUGAUGUGGGUUAUGUCAGCCGUGUUAGGUGAAAUGCGUCGUCGAGAGAAGCUUCGAACUCACAUAAACGAUACUCCUCUUCCUAAUAACAUACCUCCUAAUCACGGCCCCUCUCCAUUUAUAAGAGACGACCAUCGUCGCCAUAACAGCACCUCGAACGAUCCUAGUCCUCCGUACACGCCCGGCCCUAUAUACGGUGGUCCACCGGUAUAUAGAGGUGGACAGACGGUGGAAAUGAUGCCUACAAAAAACACCGUCGAGAGGCAAGGAUCCGUAUCGUCCGUUCUCGUCUGA